CUUUAGAGGAAAGUGUAUUAAUAUUAGCUUUAAAGAUCUGAAUGGAGUUUAAAAUUAAAAAAAUAAAAUUAAGCUUGCUAAAAAAUAUAUUAUGCAUUUAAAACUUGGGACACUGGAUAUGCUUUUCUUUUUGUAUUAAUUUAAAUAAUGUAUUAGUUAUAAACUAUUUUUUAUAUAUAUUUUAUGACUAUUACAACUGACCAUUUUUUUCUUACUCUAAAAGUUGAAGAACUGACUCUACUUAUGUGUAUAUCUCUUUUGAUAUUCUUGAAUGGUUUUCUAUACCAAAUUUGUAUUAUUUUCUUUAUUAAUCAUAAACGAAACUAUUAGUUUUAUCCCCUGUGUUCUGUACUGUUUUCCUUCCUGCUCCUCCGCUUCCCUCAUGGCGCUAGCCCACGCUAGCUCGUGACGUAACACGUAGCCCCACCCACAUAUUUCUGUAAACCACCUUACGUAUGGAAGUAUGGCGGUCCCAGCGACAGAGCUGCAACUCGGCCAAAGUUUACUGCUAAGGUUUUCACGUGAAAGUGAUGAAUAAGCACUCAAGCAUAGAGUUCGGCAAUAAAGGGCACGGCGGUUGGGAAUUCAGGAGAAGACUUAGGAGACAGAGUCGUCUGGCCGGCAGAGUUCCCUCAACUUCGCCUACAAGUGUCUUUAGACGCGGGGGGAGAAGCUCCACAAGACGGGAAGAGUGGACACGGAAGUUUGAAACACACCAAGUGCUUUGAUUUUUUUUUUUGUCACAGGAGUGUGAAACUACGGUCACUGGACAUGUUUUUGUGAGACACUGAGGUGCACUUGGCUGCGGUUAUCAGUUGUGAGCCAGCGGAAAGACACCGUGGACUGUCCGGCGUGCAUUUAAAGAGUCUGGCGCUGCUCACUACCAGCAGAAGUUGGUUAGCUUUCAUGGCUAUCGUCAACAUUAGCUGGAGCUCGCGAGCUAACCAACAGUGUAAAUGUUUUCAUAUUUCUGUUAGGUGCCUCAUAUGUCGUCUGAAUGCAUGAAAAAACAGAACCCUGCUGGAGUACCUUGUGCAGGAGGCCUGCAUCACCCAUACUCCAGGAGAAGACAGUGUGAGCCAGGAGAGAGGCUCCUGUCUUCUCCAGAUCCUGCCAUUGCCCUUCAGCGAGCUUUCUGACCGACUCCGUCCGACUUGGAUAGUCCCGGCUGCAGCCUGGCACCCUGCCCUUAUGGGGCAGCAGCCGGGAAAGUUUGUCGGGGACCAAAGGAGACCCAGUCUUCCAGCCUUUAUUAAGGGAGGAAAGAAGGACUUACCACGCCAUGUGAAUCAGCCGAUGAACGUUUUUGAUUGGCACGCUCUACAGAGACCAGAGUUUGGUCUGGGAGAUGCAGCCCGAUGGAACUCCAAAGAGAAUCUGUUGGCAGGACCCAGUGUGAACGACCCCAACCUGUUUGUUGCACUCUAUGAUUUUGUUGCCAGCGGCGAUAACACACUAAGCAUUACGAAAGGUGAGAAGUUGCGUGUGCUGGGUUACAACCACAAUGGUGAGUGGUGCGAAGCACAGACCAAGAACGGCCAAGGUUGGGUGCCAUCCAACUACAUCACCCCAGUGAACAGCCUGGAGAAGCACAGCUGGUAUCAUGGACCAGUGUCGCGCAACGCUGCAGAGUACCUCCUCAGCUCAGGCAUCAAUGGAAGCUUCCUGGUGCGAGAGAGCGAAAGCAGUCCCGGACAGAGGUCCAUUUCUCUGCGCUACGAGGGGAGAGUCUACCAUUACAGGAUUAACACUGCAUCAGACGGCAAGCUUUACGUCUCAUCAGAGAGCCGUUUCAACACACUGGCAGAGCUGGUGCACCACCACUCGACGGUGUCAGACGGCCUCAUAACCACACUGCACUACCCAGCGCCAAAGCGGAACAAACCCACCAUCUAUGGGGUUUCUCCCAACUAUGACAAGUGGGAGAUGGAGCGCACUGACAUUACCAUGAAGCACAAGCUGGGAGGGGGCCAGUAUGGGGAGGUGUAUGAGGGCGUCUGGAAGAAGUACAACCUAACUGUGGCUGUCAAGACACUUAAGGAGGACACGAUGGAGGUGGAGGAGUUUCUAAAGGAGGCUGCUGUUAUGAAAGAAAUCAAACACCCCAAUUUAGUGCAACUGUUAGGGGUCUGCACCCGGGAGCCGCCGUUCUACAUUAUCACAGAGUUCAUGACCCACGGCAACCUGCUGGACUACCUUAGGGAGUGCAACAGAGAGGAAGUCAAUGCUGUGGUGCUGCUGUACAUGGCCACACAGAUCUCGUCUGCCAUGGAGUACCUGGAGAAGAAGAACUUUAUUCACAGGGACUUGGCUGCCCGUAACUGUUUGGUUGGGGAGAACCACCUGGUGAAGGUUGCAGACUUUGGCCUGAGCAGACUUAUGACUGGCGACACAUACACAGCUCAUGCUGGUGCAAAGUUUCCCAUCAAGUGGACUGCUCCAGAGAGUCUGGCUUAUAACAAGUUCUCCAUUAAGUCAGACGUUUGGGCAUUUGGUGUGCUUUUGUGGGAGAUUGCCACCUACGGUAUGUCUCCUUACCCCGGCAUCGACCUGACACAGGUCUACGAGCGGCUGGAAAAAGAUUACCGCAUGGAGCGACCAGAGGGGUGUCCAGAGAAGGUGUACGAGCUCAUGAAAGCCUGUUGGAGGUGGAACCCGGCAGAGCGCCCCUCGUUCGCUGAAACACAUCAAGCUUUCGAAACUAUGUUCCAGGAGUCCAGCAUCUCUGACGAAGUAGAAAAGGAGUUGGGGAAGAAGGGGAAAAAGGCAACAUUUGGUUCCAGUCAGCAGGCCCCAGAGCUGCCCACCAAGACCAGAAGUCUCCGGAAAAAUCGAGAAGGAGACAGCGCAGAGCCUGCAGACCAAGAAGUUGCUGUGUCAUCGCCGGUACUUCCCAUGAAAGAGCGGGAAAUCAGCCUGGUUGAAGAUGACCGCCUGUUAACCAAAGACAAGGACAAGUCCCGCGGCAGUGGAUUUCUCAGCCUCAUCAUGAAAAAGAAAAAGAAUGCACCCGAUCCCCCCAAACGCAGCUCCUCCUUCAGAGACAACAUCCAUCCUGACAGGAGGAUUGUGAGCUGUGACCCUCGAGACAGCGACACUUUCAACAACGGCGCAUCUUUGUCCUCUAAUGAGUCGGCCACUACCAACAAUAACGGGGCAGCAGGUAGCACGCCGGGGGUUCCUAACUACCCAGGAUCUUUGUUCUCCAGGAGGAAGGGAGCUCCAGCAAUGAGCGGCGCAGGGAGCAGAGCGGCCACAACACCACCCAGUGAAGACGAAUCCACCUUCGACUGUAAGCGUUUCCACUGGCCCUCGAACAUGUCGAACGGCCGAGAUGCCAAUGAGCGGAGGUCUGUCACCCUGCCACGAAAUCACAGCCAGCGCCACUUCGAUUCAAGCACCUUGGUGGGGAAACCAGCUCUGCCAGUGAAGCGGACCAACGAGCAGAAAGGAGAAAAUACCUCUCGGAAGGGUACCCUGACUCCGCCGCCACGCCUGAACACACUACCAGACAUUUCCUCCGUCUUCCUGAGUAAAGAGACUGACACCAGUCCUGGCUCCAGCCCCCAGGCGUUGACACCUAAGGUGGUCAAGAAACCAGGUGCCCAAGGCCAGGAGAACUCUAAAGUAAGUGUCCUUCAUCCUGAGUUUCUAAAGUCCAGUGCGUAUCCCGCUUUAGGGGCAGCUGGAGAUGAGUGCAGGGCUCGCAGGAACAAGCACUCUACAGACUCAUCGGUCAAGGAGAGAGGAAAGUUGCAGAAACCCAAACCAGCUCCACCCCCACCCUCUAGUGUCAAAAUGGUGAAGGUGUCCCGUAGCCCAACUCAAGAGCUCCCUUCGCCGUCGUCAUCCCCAUCAUCUUCUCCCUCAGACGUUAGAGGAAAGGGCCCUCCCUUCUCAGAUCUUCACCACACCGCCUCUGCUAGUGAUUUAGGCUCCAAAAAACUAUUAGGCUCCACCUCUAAACCUCCACCUCUAAAGACUUCUGCCUCCUCCGCGUCCAUGAUCAGCCCUCCAACAUCCCCCGGGGAGCCAAACUCGUCUGCAUUUACCCCUUUAGUGAAUACCCGGCGCUCGCUUCGCAAGACCGCUCCCCGCCAGGCCUCGGAGCGCACCCCAAACUCAGCUGUGACACGCGAGAUGGUGCUGGAGGGAGCCGAGCUGCUGCGCGCCGCCAUCUCCCGCAACUCGGAGCAAACGGGCAGCCACAAUGCGGUGCUGGAGGCCGGCAAGAACCUGUCCAAAUACUGCGUGAGCUACGUCGACUCCAUCCAGCAGAUGAGGAACAAGUUCGCCUUCAGAGAGGCCAUCAACAAACUCGAGAACAGCUUGUGCGAGCUUCAGAUCUGCCCCACCGCCACAGGGGCCUCCAACCUGCAGCAGGACUUCAGCAAGCUGCUGUCCUCUGUCAAGGAGAUCAGUGACAUCGUUCAGAGGUAGCGCUGUGAAACUGUAAACUUCCAAGACAGGAAACUGAUAUCAGUUAUUUGUUACACUAUCCUUUUGGAGCUGUGGCCAGUGUUACUGGAGAGUGAAAGCUGAUGGGGAGCAGCAUCGACGUAGAACGCACUCCUCAGUCGGCGCGAACGCAUCCUGUGGUUACAGUUCAUGAAACUGUGGAGGUCAUCAGAAAGCCUCCACUAUGAAUGCACAUAGGUGGCCAUAAUGUAGGGCUUGGGGCCAAUUCUUCACCCACAUUUCUUUCGGAAUUAAGAUGUCUUAUUUUUUUAAUUUUGUGUGUGUGUGUGUGUUUCCGACACUGUUUUCAUUCAUGCUCCGACAAUGUGUUUAUUUCUUGACCCAAAAAAAAAAACAAGAAAAAAUGUUGUUGGAUGAAAUGGGUUGCUUCUAUCCAGCACAUCACAUUUUCUGGAUCUUUUGUGUGUGUGUGUCAUGUUGUGUGCAGAGACAGUGUUUGGUUUGGAUGGAUGCUUUUUUUUUUCUUUUUUUUUUUGAGUAAGAAUGAGCCUCCAGCUUCAUGUUUCUCUGCACACUCUGGUAUCAAACAGUGCCUUAAGACUCUAUUAAUAUGGCAGUUUUAGUCUUAACACUUGCCUGGGAUGUUUUUACUUUUGUCGACCAUACCAAAAAUGUGCGUCUGCAGUCUGUACUGGAGGGGGACCAGGGUGCACGAUCUGCAACUCAGUGGAUCUAUGAUUUUAUACUGUCCUAAGACGGGACCCUUUUUUAAAAAAAAUAUAUUUGUAUAUAUAAAUAUAUAUACACAGUAUAUAUGUAUGCACAAGUUUUUGAUUUAAGUGUCAAUCACAAAGCCAUUGUUAGGAACUUGGCCUUGCAGCAGCUUGCUAUUUGAUUCUAUAUGGUCAUCAUAAAGAAUGGAGUCACACUGUCCAAAUGCUGUUGCAGACGUCGCUUGACCUCGGAAAAACAAAUGCAAACGUGCUAGUGUGCGUGUUCUGGGAGGGGGGAACACUGGACUGAAAUGUUGCCCCUCUCACAAAAUGUCUAACAGGGGAAGGGGGUGGUGGCAAUUGCAAGAUUUCAGUGCUACGCAUGUUCCUUCCUUAUUUUUGUGAACUUUCAGUAUUUUGUCUUGUAAUCGUGUCUUCCUGUAUGCCCUGUCUGACUGCGAUGCCUGAGGACAAAACUCAUCGCUACCUGACUUCAUCAUGGUACUUUAGUUGCCCUUACCCCACCAAACAUACCACUACUCUUCGUCAAAGCCUCAAUCACCCAAUUCAUAGACAAACUUGGCCUUCAUUUGUAAAUGUUUUUUGUUGUUUGUAUGUCUCUAACCUCGGUGCAAUUUUUGUGGCAAUAAAAUACAGUUUUACUUGAAUUA